CUUACACUCGCUGAGACUCUGUGUCUUUAGGUGAUCGCUACUGGUCGUAUCUCCACUGCGCGGUAUUGUCUGCAACACUGGCCAGUGGAGACAUUGGAGGCGAGGACCAAUGCCUGACUGAGAAGAGGGGUGGUGCGGAUGAGCACAAGGGCUUCUAGUACAAGCCUGUACAGCAGUAGACUACAUCUGCGGGAAGAAGGCCGAAGUAGAGGGGGAGGAGUGCCUACGGCAGUAGCACUCCCUGGUGCAAGGAAUCGGGCUUGGUUAGACCGCUUGCAGGGAUUUGAAGGAGAUGGCCGGGAGAAGGAGAGAGAGAGCGGGUGUUGGCACGGAUGGAGAUGAGGAUCGGAGGAGGAGGAGGAGGCUGGGUGAUUGACAGGUGAGCAGGCACAGGUUGGCAGAGAGGGCGCAGUGGGUCACAUGCAUGGUCAUGUGCCCAAGGAGCGUGGCGUCCCCUGACAGAAAAAGAGGGUUCGGGCCAGAGGGUCAUCUGGACAUGCUCAGCAGGGGAGUCCGGACUGAAGCAUGUGAUGCUUGACAGAUGGCACGUGCAUGGUCACAUGCAAGAUCCCACAAUGAUUGGACAAAAGCGGGGGUUCCACUGACAGAACCACAGUUCAGGUUCGCACGGUUCAGUUCAGAGGUUCAAACCGGUUCAAACUGCUGAAUGAAAUUUUCAUGAGAAUAUGGUAUUUUUCAGUCCAGCCAGACUCAAAUGCAAGGAAAUCAUGUGUAAUAGGUUUAUAGAUGUAAACAGG